CACGUAGUUAACGUGUAUCGUGUGUUUAUUGUUGUAAAGAUGUUUGAAGAUGGAAAUCCCUGCAUUAUAUUGCUACGUUAUUUUUAAUUGUCUUUUAAUGUUUCCAAGUUUCGACGCAAAAACAUUCUCCUUGAACGAAGCUAUUGCAGCCGAAGCAAGAAAUCAAGAUUCAAAAAAAUUACCUCGAGUACCAGAUACACUUACAAAAACAGAUUAUUUACUUUCGCAACGACAAAGAAAUAGGGAUUUAUCAAUAUUGCAACCAACGAAAACGUCUUCUUCAAAGAAUAGAAAAUCAUUUCUUAUUAAACCCCCCAUUUUGCCUAAAAUAUUUAAAAGAACACAAAAUCGCUUUCCAGUAAGACAAAUUAAACAGACUAAACGAGAAUUGGAUAACCAUGGGGAAUUUAACGAGAAUUAUCUGCCGUUAUUUAGGAGUCUUAGUGUUAUUCUUGACAACAUUCUCAGUACAGGCUCAGAGGAAGUCGUCGUGCCAAGAAAUAAAUUUAAACGAAAUCCAAAAACACAGGACGCAAACGACAUUGUUUGCAAUUGCGCCUAUAGAUCGACAACUGAAUCACAUUUAUCCAGCUCGUAUGAAGAGACAGUUGUUCCCACGUCUGUCUCCGAUGAGAUCGAGACUGGGACUAUCCCCUCUACCCCGCUUACCUCCCCGAAGACCCAUCGUACUACCAUUAAUAACAAACGCCAUCUCAGACGGCAUAAGAACAUACCCAUAUUACCUACAAGAAAUACCGCUAGCUUUAUCAGAAACAUUAAUGGGUUCGGUGAGAGAAGCGGCGCCCCAGAUAUCAAACACUCUAAAGGAACUUUCACCAGGGAUAAUAGAAAUAAUGAACACAAUACCAGAAGCACAGUCAUUAAGUCCCUUACAGAAAAUAGUGAAGAGAAUACCAACUGUGAUUCAGGAAACUGUUCAAGCCAUGAAUCCCGAGGAGGAUUACGAGCAAAGGGACCAUUUACCCAAAAUUCAAUUGGAAAAGGAAACCAAAAUGCUGAACUCCUUCACACGUCCGUCACAAGUAUUGAAGGAAACCUACUUGAGCACGAAGAGCAAAAUCAACUCCCAAAUCGAGGAAUCGAAGCGGAAGGCACAGAACUUUUACCAGAAUAUGUUUCAAGAGUACAAGGAAUUGAACCCGAUAACAAAACAGAAAUUGAACAAACAAAAGAAAAAGAUUACGCCGCAAUCGAGCGGUAUAUCUCCAGUGCUAAGCGAGUCUCUAACCGAAAUAGCACAAAUCCCACAGAAAAUAAAAAACAUCGUGGAACAAAUGAAGCAGUAACUCAACACUUAGAAGGCCCAAAUAAAGUCGUCAUGAUAUUCGAUGGAUACAGUGUCGCUCGAGAUGUCAACGGUGAAAAUAAAAUGUCUGAAAAGGCAAUAGAAAUACGUACGUAAAUUAGGAUUAAAGUAAUACAAAGUAGUUUAAUUAAUAAUAUUUAUUUUUAAGAAAUAUAUACAAUAAAAAUAAACUAACGA